AGGUUCUGAUGAACACUAAGUUGGAGACAUCUGACCUUCACUGGACAAAUCAUCCACCAGAUGACCAGCAGUGGGACGAGGUCAGUGGCGUUGAUGAUGACGCCAACAGCGUUCGGACCUAUCAGAUCUGUACUUCCGAUAGCCCCGCCUCCUACUGGCUGAGGACACGGUGGAUCCCCCGGGGGGCGGCGACCACGCUCUACGUGGAGAUCCGGUUCACCACGAUGGAGUGUGCAGGCUUGAACCAGCGUCACUGCAAAGAGACCUUUAACCUUUACAUGUACGCGUCUGACAGCGACGAGGCCACGCCCACUCACCCCGCCUGGAUGGAGAACCCUUAUACCAAAGUGGCUACCAUCGCUGCCGACCAUCUGCUGCGACGCGGCGGUGAGCGGCGCUCCAACGUCAAGCUGCUGCGGUUGGAGGGGCUUCGGGAGGCGGGGCUUUACCUGGCCUUUCAGAGCCAGGGCGCCUGCAUGGCGCUGCUCGCUGUGCGCGUCUUUUACAGGAAGUGCCCUCCCCUUCGCCGUGCCUUCACCUUCUUCCCUGAAACCAUCCCCCACUCUCUGGUGGAGCAGGCUCAGGGUGUGUGUGUAGAGAACGCUGUGACCCCGCCUGGAGAGAAGUCAAWAUCUCCCAGCAUGCUUUGUGGCGAGGACGGUCAGUGGGUGGGGCAGCCUCUGUCCAGCUGCGCCUGCCGCCCCGGGUAUGAGGCAGGAGACAGCGACGUGCGCUGCAGAGCCUGUCCAUCAGGACACUUUAAGGUGGGCUCAGGAGGCGGCGGCUGUUCUUCGUGUCCGGCCAAUAGUAACACACGGAUCCCAGGCUCCUCCUACUGUCCCUGUCUCCCAGGUUUUGAGCGGGCCGACUCCGACCCGCCACACGCUGCAUGCACACGCCCUCCAUCAGCCCCCCGCCUCCCAGUCAGCCAGCUCAACGACACCAUGGUGACCCUGGAGUGGAGCGAACCACUGGAACGAGGAGGCAGAGGAGACCUGAACUACAGGGUUCUGUGCUCCGACUGUGGACCUGCCAGCUCCAGCAGGGGAUUGGUCAGUUCCUGUUCUCCGUGUGAUGACAGCGUUCUGUACCGGCCCAUGCAGCGCAGUCUGACUCAGCGCCGUGUCAUUAUCUGGGGGCUCCGCCCACAAACCAAGUACAUGUUCACCAUCCAAUCACUGAACGGGGUCUCAGCUGUCAGCCAAUCAGAGCCGGCCUCUGUCAGUCUGAACGUCACCACCAGCAGAGAUGUUCCUCCUGCGGUCUCUGGUCUGAGGAAGGUGGGGGUCUCAGAGGACACUCUGUCAGUGGAGUGGACCCGCCCGGUCCUGCAGAACCAGCACCAGGUCCUGGACUACGAGCUGCGCUACUGUUGUAGGGACRGAGAGGAGGUGGGUCAGUGGCAGUACGUGUCCAGCAAGUCUUCUUCUGUGGUCCUGAAGGGCCUGCAGAGGGCCACACAGUACCAGGUCCAGGUCCGAGCCCGCUCCCAGGUCGGGUAUGGACCCUUCAGUACCACAAGGAUCUUCAGCACCCAGCCCGACGGGAUGUCUCAGUCUCAGCUGGUGGUCACCUCUGUCCUCGUCUCCAUGGCCAUACUGUUGCUGGUUGCCAUGGCCAUCGCCAUGGUCAUCUGUUACCG